AUGGGAGGUGUUGACCACCAUUACUGGUUAGUUGGAAAAUAUGCGACGGUAAUUACAGGGGAAAAAUGGUUCUGGGUCCUAUUUACAUGUAUGCUGGAAAUGGCCCUCAUAAAUGCCCAACUCUUCUACAGACUAGUACAUCAGAAAAAUGCACUGGAUUUACUGGAUUUCAGACAUGCUGUUACAGUUACAAACCUGAAAUUGGACACAGGAAAACCGAAUAUUGGACGUCCAAUGGAAUACCCAUUAAGUCAGUUGAGAGUGAUACCAGACAUCAGGUUUGAUGGAAUUGGUCAUAUGACUGACAAAAGAAGCAUGCAAAGAAGAUACGUAAGAGCUAAAUGCAACGGGAAACCAAAAACAUAUUGUGUUAAAUGCCAUGUAACACUGUGUGUGAAGUGUUUUGUACCAUUUCACAAGAAAUAA